CUCUUGCUCUUCGGCCCCUCGACGAGAGCGAGAAGCGGAGCGAAGAAGAGAUGUGGAACCUCGCGCGCGCGGCGUGGAAUCUCGGGCGGGCACGCCAUUUGCCGCUCUCCAAUGCCCUCCAUUCGCCAUUCCAAGAGAGGGUGUUGUCUCUGAUCAGUUAUAGAGGGCUUUCGACUUUGGAAACUUCAGCAAAUGAGGGCGUGAUCUCUCCGGAGUUGCUGGGAAAGAAAGUGCUGCGGCCUGAUCGGAUUAUUGGGCAAUAUGAAGACCUAGUGACAAGAGUGACAAAUUUUCAUAAUGAGGAUAAAGGGUUCAUGGUUUUGGCUGGUGAUGUUUUUGAUGUGCCAAUUAGGAAAGACAUUGUCCACAAGGUUGUAAGGUGGCAGCUUGCCAAGCGUCAGCAGGGGACACACUCGACAAAAACAAUCAGUGAAGUUAGUGGCACGGGUAGAAAGCCAUACAAUCAAAAGGGUACUGGACGUGCUAGGCAUGGAACUUUACGGGGGCCUCAGUUUCGAGGUGGUGCCACCAUGCAUGGACCUAAGCCUCGAAGUCAUGCCAUCAAGUUGCAAAAGAAAGUCAGACGUCUAGGACUUAAAAUUGCAUUGUCAGCUCGUACAGGUGAAGGCAAGCUUCUGGUUUUCGAAGACUUGGACAUUCCGAGCCAUAAAACAAAGAACAUUGUGAAUUACAUAUCACAGAUGGAGAACACAAAGAAGGUUUUGCUCGUAGAUGGUGGUCCCAUCAAUGAUAACCUUAAGUUUGCCACGGGGAAUCUCCAUUACGUGAAUGUGUUACCUUCAAUAGGACUGAAUGUGUACAGCAUCUUACAACAUGACACUCUUGUGAUGACACAAGAUGCGGUUAAUAGGAUCGUAGAGCGAAUGCACACCCCCAUUAACCGCUGAUUCUACAAACCUCAGUACUAUUUCAACACUAAAUGCGACAAACAAGCACAUCACAAACAGAGGUAGGACUAAUCAGUUUGGAAUUGAUUUCUGAACAGGUCGUUAAAUUUUGAGCUUGUUUUUGCUUGAUAUGUAGAAGUGGUUCAUGUUGAAUGGAAGGCCUGCAAAUGUGAGUUAUGGAAAAACCCAUGUUUGUACUAAGUAAUAUGAAACUAUUUUAGAUAGUAUAUCUUCACAAUAAUUUUGACAAUCAAACUAUAUUGAUUCAUCAUUGAUGAAUUUGUGACUUCAAUAUUCUUUUAAACUAUAUGUUCAUGUGACCUUUUUUUUU